UAGUCUCCUUUGUCUGAAUAUAGAAUAUGGUUAAUAUGAUUGAUUAUAAAGAAAAUCCAAGGUUCCACAUUAUCAAAUGUUAACUAGCCAUCUGUAUAGGUUUGGUGAAGAGUGCAUUUCCUUCAUGUAAGACUCAACAUUGUCAUUUGUCACAAGUUUUACUUGGGCUAAUCUGCUAGAACUUCACCCAAGUUGAGGAACCCCCAUACCGUGCACCAAUAAGAUCACCAAAAGCCUUUAUGCCCAGUUUUUGCUAGUUGUUCUAGUAACAUAAAAUGAAUAGAGCUCAGAAACAGGCAGAAAUUCUAUUGCUUAUUAGUAUGACAUAGUUAUGUCAGAUUAUGCACCAAACCCCUUUUACAUGAAAGACCUGGGUUUUAUUGCUAUUUAAGGGCUACAGGAAGCGGCAAGUGUCCUCUUUUUCAUAUGUUCACCUGAAAAUUCAUUCACGAGAGGAAUCUCACUUUUUACAUGAAAGACCUGGGUUUUAUUGCUAUUUAAGGGCUACAGGAAGCGGCAAGAGUCCUCUUUUUCAUAUGUUCACCUGAAAAUUCCUUCACGAGAGGAAUCUCAAGGUGAAUGGGCCGUUCGGCUAUAUCAGUAGAUGAUACACUGAAGAUCAUAACCUGCAGGGAACAACAGAAAAGGCUAACUGCACUUCAGAUGGAACUGGGCAAAGCCAGUCAGGAAGGUUUUGUGUCAAAGCAUCUACUGGAUAACAAUGAGAAGGAUUCAAAGAAAAAACUUCUAGCUGUUAUAGGUGUCUCUACAAAUUUUGGCAACAAGAAAAACAGAGACGCAAUUCGCAAAGCAUGGAUGCCUACUGGUCCUGCUCGUAAAAAAUUAGAGGAGGAGAAAGGUAUCGUAAUUCGAUUCGUCAUAGGAAGAAGUUUGAAUCGUGGAGAUAGUUCAGAUAGAGCCAUUGAUGAUGAAAGCAGGAAUUCCAAUGACUUCAUCAUUCUUAAUGAUCAUGUGGAGUCCCCUCAAGAGCAAUCAAAGAAGACAAAGUCAUUUUUUGCUCACGCUGUUGAGCAUUGGGAUGCUGAGUUUUAUGCUAAGGUCAACGACAAUGUCUAUGUUAAUUUAGAUGCUAUUGGAGCUGUACUUACCAGCUAUUUGGAUAAGCCUCGUGCCUACAUAGGGUGUAUGAAAUCUGGCGAAGUUUUUUCACAGUCGGAACAGAAAUGGUAUGAGCCAGAGUGGUGGAAAUUUGGGGAUGGAAAAUCAUAUUUCAGGCAUGCUUCCGGUGAAAUAUUUGCUAUAUCGAAGGCCUUGGCUCAAUUUAUUUCUAUCAACAGAUCAAUACUUCGCUCAUAUGCUCAUGAUGAUGUGAGUGCUGGAUCCUGGUUCAUUGGCCUUGAUGUGAAGUAUGUUGAUGAAGGGAAGUUCUGCUGCUCUUCCUGGUCUUCAGGGUCUGUAUGCGCAGCAGCUUGAUUGGAUCGCCUCUUUUAGUACAUAAAGAGAAUCAGUCACUGGAGAUUUGGUGCACUGUACAAAGGUGGUUGAAGUUUUUCACUCCAAUCAUGAAGAGCCGCGUGGUAGAGAGAGCACACACCUUAGUUCUUGACAUCACCAUGCCUUCAAGGAAUGUACAAAGGGUUCUUGGAGUGUAGGGACUAUGGUCAGAAAAGUUCUUUGUAUGAUGAUGUAUUCACAGAGUGCACAUUGUCCAUUAUUUAAGCAUGGACUAUUGAUAUCAAUGUUAUGGAGAUAUAAAGUUUGUUGAACUAUGUGACGAUUGCCAAAUCUCUUAAGAUUGCUUCUAUAGCAAUUUCAAAUAUUGAACUUGAA